UGAAAAGGUCGGCUGUCUGCUAAGAGUAAACAUUUGUUUUUAACUUACGAGCACUAAGAAAGAAGCACAAUGACAGACAAGUGGGGCCACCGACUCUGCCGCAGCCCACCGCCCGCCAGCAAGUACACCGACGAGACCUCGCAUUGUAUCUUCCCAUGAUACGAUAUAUCUUCUUUCCGGUGGCACUGGGCGGUCUUGUGUGUUCCUUACGAGGGCGUCGACGUUUUAGUGAGUUUGUGCAUGGUUUGCUGUUGCAGUCCUGAUCGCACUCUAUCGGACAAAACCGCAACAACAACAAUAACAACAACAGCAAGAGCAGCAGCAGCAGCGACGUCCCAAGGAGGAGCAUCCCCCACCCCCCCGGUGUUUAUUACAGGAGUGGGAGGACACGGUAUCACAAGCCUGGGACUCGACACGGAGACGGGCGAGAGCAAACAUGUUCGAGGCUAGAGGAAUCCCCUUUGUGCUGCUAGACGUAGUCUGCCUGGUUCUAGGAGGUCUGCCUCUGGCGGCCUUUAACCUGGGUAAGAUCCGCCCUUAUCAGAGGGGCUUUUUCUGUAACGACGAAAGCAUCAAGUACCCUUUCCACUCCAGCACAGUCACCUCCACAGUGCUCUACACUGUGGGCUUCACCCUGCCCAUUAGCUGCAUGAUCAUUGGCGAGUGCCUUUUAGUUUAUCUGAAGCGCAUCAAAUCCAAGUCUUCUUUCGGCAGUUAUUUGUCCUCUGUUUACAAAGCCGUCGGUACCUUCCUGUUUGGGGCGGCAAUGAGCCAGUCCCUGACAGACAUAGCGAAGUAUUCGAUUGGCCGGCUCAGGCCGCACUUCCUGGACGUGUGCAAACCUGAUUGGACCAAGAUCAACUGUUCGUCGGGCGCUUACAUCGAAGACUUCACCUGCACAGGAGACGCAACCAUGGUCAGCGAGGGCAGGCUUUCCUUCUACUCCGGACACUCGUCUUUCUCCAUGUACUGCAUGCUGUUUCUAGCUCUCUACCUGCAGGCUCGACUCCAGGCCGAUUGGGCGAGGCUGCUCAGACCCACAAUCCAGUUUUUCCUGAUCGCUGCCACCGUCUACACUGGUUUGUCGAGGGUGUCCGAUUAUAAACAUCACUGGAGCGACGUGCUGGUUGGACUCCUGCAGGGUGCCCUCAUGGCGCUCCUGGUGAUCUUCUUUGUGUCCGACUUUUUCAAGCCUCGAGCAGCCCCCCGUGAAGAAGCAGACAUCCCGCACACGACCCUGCAGGAGACUCCAACAAAUGGAAACCACUUCGAGAGUCCAAACUAAGCCGAGAAAGGAGGACACACUCUGCUCUGUCCAAAACGCACAUCAAGGAUCCCAGCUCUCUAGCCUUUCAGCUCACGCGCUCAUACCGACACUCCCGCAUGGAUUUAUAUCAUAUUUAACUCUGACUUCAACAACGCUCGUGGAUGACUGUGCACCCUAAAAGAAGACCCCCCCCCCCCCCCCCCCCCCCCAGUCCUGUUAAGAUUUUAAGACUUUUCAUUUUAGGAAACUUGCUUCGUCCAUUAAUUCUCCGUCUGAAUGGAUGCCUGUCAAAGACUUGUAUAUAUGCUUUAAGAGACAGAGAUGGACACAGGGUUAAGGGCUGGAGAUUCUGUGAGGACAGGAAGCAACAACUUAUUCACGCUUGUGUCUACUGAGCUGGUGGGAAGACUAACCGGCACGCACCCACUAAAGGGUCUGACCACUGCUGAUAGAGAAGGAGGGGCGGGGCGGGGAGGGGAGGGUGGGAAACCUGUGAUUGUACGCUCGCUUUGUGCUUUUUCCUGACCUGGAGUCAGUCUGCUCAAGGGUUCUUUUUCAGGGUCAGUUUUUAGGUCCAGCACCUAGAGAGAGAGAGUGUCAUAACUUUGCUGCCUUAAGGUCCAGUGUUAAUUAAAAGGGCUAAUUAAAAAGAGGAAUGUUAGCUUCUGAAGGCUAGAAAGUGCUUGAGGCUAAAGCUAAUCACAUCCUGAGCUGCUGACUCCAGGCCACCGCUGCUGACGCCUUUUUUUUUUUUUUUUUUUUUUACCCUCCAACCAGCUAACCUCUACGUAGUCGAGAAAGACGCUCCACUCUUGAUCAUGUUUGGUCAGAACGUUGAAGAGUCUUUUCUUCUCAGUCUAAGUCCUGUGUUGCCUUUUGCUGGACUGCUACUGCUGCUAUCAGCUCCCUGUGUAUGGAAGAACUAAUAUAAACAUCAAGUGAACACAACAUGUGCUUUUUAAUAUCAUCUGUAUGUCAGAACAAAUCACCAUACAGACUUUUAUUGAAAAAAAAAACAAAAAAAGUUACAAAUAUGUACAAAUGUGUAAAAUAAGAAAAAGGAAAAAAAGCCAUUUUCCUCAUGAACUCAAAUGAAACAGAAGUGUUAAAUGCAUCAUGUCAUGAGCCUUAAAUUAAAGUCCGACCUGUUUUGUUUACUUUCAGCCGUAUAUUUCUAAAUGAUGUCCUGUGAUGAACCCUACUCUACAGAAAUAAAAGCAUGAAUGAUCCAGAUUU